UUAGCUUGUCCCUUCCACUUAGCAACUUUAACCCACCCACCACUGCUAUCAUACCGUCAACCGUCAACCGAUUUUACACCACCACCACCACGAACCCUCGCUUUCUCUGGUCCUUCAUUUUCUUUUCUUUUUCCUCCCCCCCCCCUUGUCUUUCCUCCACUGCUGCCAUAUUUCCUCACUUCACCUCCUCCGAGCGUUAGCUAACGUCUGUGGUGAAUCGUCUUUUUCUUGGUUUUUUUUUUUUUUAGACUUUCUCGGAACGAGUACUCUUGUGUUUUGGUGGGACAGGGGCUUCGAGCUAGCAUUAAUUUCUUCUUGAAUUUCUGAAUUGAAGAUGAAUCGCUCUCGCGGUAAGAUCAGGCCGCCACGUAGGGGGCUCGCCACGGAUCAUGUAGAUUUUGACGAAUACUGGGAGGUCCUGGCCCAAUCGCUGCGAGAAAUCUACGCAAAGAACGCCUCCCACUUAUCCUUUGAAGAGGUCUAUAGAAACGCAUAUAAACUUGUCUUGAAGAAACACGGUGAUCGCCUCUACGGGAAUGUGAAGAAGUUGGUUGGAGAGCACUUGCAGAUGGUUGCCGUUAAUGAUAGGAGGACGGUUGGGACAAAAUUCUUGGAAAGAUUGAAGUUUGUUUGGGAAGACCAUCAACUCUGCAUGGGCAUGAUGAAGGAGGUUUUAAUGUAUAUGGAUCGAGUGUUUUGCGCUGAUCAUAAAAUCCCUUCGAUAUAUGUUUCUUGUAUGGGGCUUUUCCGUGAUCACAUCCUAAGGCAUCCUGAGUACAACAUUGGGAACGCUUUGAACAGUGUUAUCAUGGACCAGAUUAAGAUGGAGCGGGAUGGCGAUAUCAUCAAUCGUGCUACAAUUAGAGCUUGUGUAUACAUGCUUGAAGGGUUAUACGAAACAGAGGAGGAGCUUGAGGAUCAGAAGGUGUACCUGACAAGCUUUGAAAAGAACUUUAUCCUGGCCAGCGAAGUGUUCUACCAAAAGGAGGGAGAACAAUUGCUGCGGGAUUGUGAUGCUGCCACAUACCUACGAAAAGUAGAUAAGCGUCUCAAGGAGGAAUAUUCUCGGUGCCACGAUACCUUGUCCGUGCUGACUGAACCGAAGAUAAUGAAAGUCGUUGACCAGCAAUUGAUUGAUGCAAACAUAAACGAUGUUAUGGAGAUGGAAGGCUCAGGUCUCCAGUUUAUGCUAGACAAUGACAGAUACGAGGACUUGAAGCUUGUCUAUGAGUUGAUCAGCAGAGUGGAUUCCGAAAAGAGGAGCCUCAAGAAAAAAAUGUGUGCAAGGUUGGUGACAAUGGGUAAAGAGUCGAGUGCUACGAUAGUAAGCGAAGAAAAGGUAGCGAACAACAUAACUCUUGUUGCUAUCAGAUGGGUCGAUGAGGUCUUGGCACUAAAGGACAAAUAUGAAAACAUCUGGGAACGGUCAUUUGAUAGGGAUAAAGGGAUACAAGCUGCCAUGACCAGGGCAUUCACAGAUUUCAUCAACGAUUUUGACAGAUCGCCGGAAUUCAUCUCUCUGUUCAUCGACGAAAAUCUACGCAAAGGCCUGAAGGGCAAGACAGAGAGUGAAGUUGAUGCUGUGCUUGAUAAAGCGUUAACUCUGUUCCGAUAUAUUGCUGAUAAGGAUGUUUUCGAAAGAUAUUAUAAAAAGCAUCUUUCUCGUCGUCUUUUGAUGAAUCGCUCGGUGUCCCACGAUGCUGAGAAGCAGAUGAUUGGUAAAUUUAAGAUGGAGGUCGGAUUCGCAUUCACAGGCAAGUUUGAAGGCAUGUUCAAAGACAUGAAUAUCUCAGAGGAGAUGACAAGCGAGUUCAAAAGGCUGUCGCAAGAGAGUGAUAACAACUACAAGAAGGGUGUUGAGUUGUCCGUCCAGAUUCUCACAUCUACUUUCUGGCCAGUGGGUGGGGGCACAAGCGAUCAUCCAUGUAUCUUUCCACUGGAGAUCAGGGCCGUCAGGGAUUCAUUUACACAAUACUACCUAGAUCGACACAGCGGGCGCAGGUUAGAUUGGCGCCCUGAUAUGGGUACGGCGGAUGUCAGAGCUACUUUCAAAGGGAAGAGGCACGAGUUAAAUGUUACAACCUAUGGUAUGGUUAUUUUAAUGGCCUUCAGCGAGCUCAGCUCCGGAGGGACAUUGUCCUUUGAGGAAAUCCAGACCAUCACCUCCAUCCCAGAGCAGGAUCUCGUCCGAAAUCUCCAAGCUCUCGCGGUAGCCCCUAAAACACGCGUUCUAAUCAAGAAGCCAAUGUCUCGAGAUAUCCGGUUAACAGAUGUCUUUGCUGUUAACGAAGAAUUCUCCUCAAAAUUCAUGCGCAUUCGCAUUGGCGUAGUAGCUACCAAUCGCGCUGAAACUGAGCAGGAGAGAAGAGAUACAGAUGAGAAAACCGAGAGAUACAGAGGGGCUACAAUUGAAGCUGCCCUUGUGAGAAUAAUGAAACAACGAAAGCUUAUAUCUCACACAGAGCUUGUCAAUGAGGUGCUUACUCAAAUGGCCUCGAGGUUUAACCCCGACCUUACAAUGAUAAAGAAGAGGAUUGAGUCAUUGAUGGAAAGGGAAUAUAUGGAGCGUGCUGAAGGGGAGAGGCAGGUCUAUCGCUAUAUUGCCUAAUUCCACACCCCCUGACCCAAAAACCUUGCUGUUGGCUAUCCCAUCUUAUCCCCUUUAUUUUUUUCAACAGGGUGGUGUCUUUUCUCCCUUUUUAAAUUCAUACCUACAUCCUUUCUCCUUCCCUCUUUCUCAAUUCGGUCAUCUUCAUUUCUAGUAUAUACUUGGCGUUCGUGAAAAAAGCGGCCUGAUACGUCCUAUAGGGGACCUUUUCAUUUUUCAGUUUUUGCUUUCUUCCUAUAUUUCUUUUUCCCUACACGGACUAAAUGAGCGGUGAUGGAAUGGCAUGGACGGGUAGUUGCAAUGAAAUCUUUGAUGAUAAAAUGGGGUUUGCCCUCCCCAAUGGGAAUAAAUAGUUUGCUGAUUGUACUGAGAAUAUCAAUGGGUGUUACAGUAUUGCGAUAUCUGUAUCUGAGUGGUUUGGGGUUUGCAAAAAAUUGUCGCUAGUGGGUUGCAUGAUUGCAUUGUUACUAAAAAUUUGUAAAAAAGGGAAUAAUUGUCGGCUUGCGAGUAGCUUGG